AUGUCCUCUUCCAACGUUAGACGCCGUCAUGUCCCCGAAUCGCAAUGCCAACCGACCGGCCAACCCAACAAACAUGACACGGCUACCCAAAUCCGCGAGCCGACCGACCAGCCCUUGGUGCAGAUAGUGCAGAAGCCCAAGACGCGGAAGCGCCGCAACACCUUCAUCUUCCUGCUCGGCGGCCUGUGCGGCCUGAUAGCGGCGGGCUUCUUCGCCUCGAGCAAUGAUCUGAUCGAGUUCCCGGAGCUGCUCGGCGACCUCAGCAUGGACUCCUUGACCGACAUGCUCCCCGCCGGCCUCAUCAGCGACGUGCGCGACCUCGUGCAGGGCGAGCGCGACAUCGCCGAGGCCUACGACUCCUUCUACGUCGGCCUGCGCGCCCGCGCCGAGGGCCUGCACGCCGACCACCCCAUGGUCAUGAUCCCCGGCGUCAUUUCCACCGGCCUCGAGUCCUGGGGUACCGCCAACAUCUCGCGCAGCUACUUCCGCAAGCGCCUCUGGGGCAGCUGGACCAUGAUGCGCGCCCUCGUCAUGGACAAGGAGAACUGGAAGCGUCACGUCAUGCUCGACAAGCACACCGGCCUCGACCCGCCCCUCGUCAAGCUGCGCGCCGCCCAGGGCUUUGACGCCACCGACUUCUUCAUCACCGGCUACUGGAUCUGGAGCAAGAUCUUUGAGAACCUCGCCACCAUCGGCUACGACCCGACCAACUCCUUCACCGCCGCCUACGACUGGCGCCUCUCCUACCCAGACCUCGAGGUCCGCGACCGCUACUUCUCCCGCCUCAAAUCCCACAUCGAGGGCGCCCUCGCCACCGACGGCCGAAAGGUCGUCCUGGCCUCCCACAGCAUGGGCAGCCAGGUCAUGUUCUACUUCUUCAACUGGGUCGAGUCCGAGCACGGCGGCCACGGCGGCAGCGACUGGGUCGAGAAGCACGUCGACUCCUGGAUCAACAUUAGCGGCUGCAUGCUCGGCGCGGUCAAGGACCUUACGGCGGUCCUGUCCGGCGAGAUGCGAGACACGGCGCAGCUCAACGCCUUUGCCAUCUACGGCCUCGAAAAGUUCCUGAGCAAGGCGGAGAGGGCUGAAAUCUUUCGCGCCAUGCCUGGCAUCUCCUCCAUGCUCCCUAUCGGCGGCGAGGCCGUGUGGGGCGGCAGGGACUGGGCGCCCGACGACGUCCCCGGCCAGAACAUAUCAUACGGCGCCUUUCUCAACUUCCGCGUCGACGCCAACAGUACCGCUCCGCUGAAGAACAUGACCGUUGACGACUCCAUCGACUAUCUCAUGCAGGUCACCGAGGACUGGUACGGAGAAAAGAUAUCCAAGAGCUACUCCCGCGGCGUCGCGCACACCGCCGCUCAAGUCGAGAAGAACCAGGCCGACCCCAGGAUGUGGCACAACCCGCUCGCAUCGCGGCUCCCCCACGCGCCGAGCCUCAAGAUCUUUUGCUUCUACGGGGUCGGCAAGCCCACCGAGCGAGGCUACUACUACCGCGUGCCGGACCAGUCCGAGACGCUGCUCAACAUCACCAUCGACACCGACUACACCGAGGGCCCCGUCGACCACGGCGUCGUCAUGGGCGAGGGCGACGGCACGGUCAACCUCCUCAGCACCGGGUACAUGUGUAACCGCGGGUGGCACAUGCGGCGCUACAACCCGGCCGGCGCGCGCAUCACCGUCGUCGAGAUGCCGCACGAGCCCGAGCGCUUCAAUCCGCGCGGCGGGCCCAAGACGGCCGACCACGUCGACAUCCUCGGCCGCCAGAACCUCAACGAGCUGAUACUGCGCAUCGCCGCCGGGAGGGGCGACACCAUCUCGGACUACAUUGUCAGCGACAUUGUGCAGUACGCGGACAAGGUCAGGAUCUAUGAGGAGGGUAAGGAGCCAACGGGUGGCCGGUAG